ACAACGACACAGCCGAAGCGGCACUCCGCACCCGCCGCGCACGAUACGCUCAGCUUCCGCUCGAGCCUCCGCCUCCGCCCCAGAGAAUGGCGAACCUGAGGACGGCCAUGGACGCGGCCUUCUGGGACCUCAACGUCGCCUCCCCUCAGGCCCUCGACGGCUCCGCCAAGCUGGUCCCCGGCGAACCCGUCCCCCUCGACGGCGCCGUCGCCAGCCGGGCCCUCCGCUUCCAGCAGCUCUCGUUUCUGCGCAAUGGGUUCCCUCUGGGCAUCAUCCCUUCCUAUUCCCCCACCCCCCACAAGGAGCUGGGCUCUUUUUCUCUCCAGUCUCUCUUCCUGAGGCCCGCCACUGCUAACUGGUGGCUUGGAGUGCUUGGGCAAUUCCGACCAAAGAAAUUGAUCAAUUCCAUAAAAGCGGAGAUUUCUAGUGUUGAUGAAUGGGAGCUUUCAGCAUUGAAGGAUGUGGCAAAACAUUUCUUGGAUAAGUCGCUUUACUCACUUGGUAUGUGCUCACAGCUUUCUCUGUUGCCCUCGACAUCAGUUCUUCUUGGCACAGAACAGCUUGGUGAGAAGGAAAGACGCCGCCACAAACUGAUGCUCUUUCACAAGCUCCCUAAUCAUGAUAUCAUGAUGGAGGCUGCCUGGCCUGGGUUAUUUCUGGAUCAUAACGGUAGAUAUUGGGAUGUUCCUGAAUCAAUAUCAUUGGACCUUUUGUCCCUUGUUUCUGAGUCUGGAUUCAGAUACCGGUUCGGAAUCCACAAGAACGGUGGUCAUCCCCAUGCCACUAAUUCGACAAAUGCUGAACCACCUUCUGUUUUAAUGCCUGGCCUAUGCGCAAAGGCUGCCUUUUCUUAUGAAAAGAGUAAAGACUUUUGGAGGCAGGAGGAGACUAAAGAGGAUGUCAUAGUAAAGACAGAGAAGGGCUUCUUUUGGAGGCCCUCAUAUGAUAUACGUCUUAAUGAACCUCAUUCUGCAGUAUCUGCCAUAAUUGGUGGCAUAUGUACGGCCUGGUUUUGGAAUCCAGAGUUUCCUAUUGCUGUUGAAUCAAGGGAAGGUGGAAUUUUUCCUGUUGCUAGUGCAAAGAGGAGACCAUUCAGUGCUGAUUUAUAUGGUUCAGUGUGCUAUACUUUCCAACACGGGAAGUUUAGAAAAAUAUACGGUGACCUCACCCGUAUAGAUGCUCGCCUAGACAUAUCCUCUGCAUCAGCAUUGGCCCAGCGAGUUUUCAAUGUUUUGAGUGGUUCAUCAGUGAGCAGCUUUCGUAGGCCAUCAUCUUCUCCAAGGGUGAACUUAAUUUUUCAGCAGCAGGUCGCAGGGCCGAUCAUGUUCCGUGUAGAUUCCAAGUUCUCCCUGGGUUCUUUAUCAGGAAGACAAGGCCCGCAUGUCGAGGAUUUAAUCUAUAGUUUGAGCUACUCUCUCAGGCUCUUGAAAUCUGGGAAAGUCGUCGCUUGGUACUCCCCCAAAAGGAAAGAGGGUAUGGUAGAGUUGAGACUGUUUGAGUUUUGAUGGUCACUGUCUUUCGCCAUAAUUGUUGUUUUCUCUUGUCUUCCAUUGAGGCUUUAAUUAGUAACAUGUACUAUUGGCGAAAGGGCAAGGAUGGGUUCAUCUUCAGGUUUCA